AUGUCGGAACUUAUCUCCACCCCGCGCAUUCUAACUCCCCACCUCGACUCCUUCACAUCCCGCACAGUCCGCCUUAUCGGGAAAGUCGUCCAGCUCCGCGGCGACCAAGCGACCAUCGACUGUAGCGGCAAUGUAACAGCCCUACUGAACCGCGAUGCGCACUUGACAGUUGGGCAUGCGGUGGAAAUCGUGGGGAAGGUGAAUAACGAUUUGACGGUUAAGGUGCUGAGCGCUACGGAUUUAGGGAGGGAGGGAGGUAUUGAUUUCGAGGCCGUGAAUGCGGUUGUCGACGCGACACAUCGGUAUAAGGAGAUCUUUUAUUCCACUGAUUGA